AUGGCAACUGUCCAGCUUCCCGAGCCCUUCGCUAGUAUUUCUAGAGAAUCAUUUCUCUUCGGGCCCUCGCCCAUUCAAUAUUUGCCAAAGAUCACACAAGCCCUUGGCGGAAAUAUUGGUGUCUAUGCGAAGAGAGAAGACUGCAAUUCUGGCUUAGCUUUCGGGGGCAAUAAAACCAGAAAGUUGGAAUAUCUUGCUCCAGAUGCAAUAGCACAAAGAUGCGACACUCUGGUCAGCAUUGGCGGCUUUCAAUCCAACCAUACACGACAAGUCGCAGCCGUUUCUACAAAGUUAGGAAUGAAAGUAGCUCUGGUCCAGGAGAAAUGGGUCAACUGGACAGAUCCCGUAUACGACAAGGCCGGCAACAUCCAACUUUCCCGGCUGAUGGGCGCGGAGGUUCGACUAGAUCCAUCUCCAUUCGGUAUUGAGCAUAAGGAAACACUUCAAAAUCUGCAACAAGAAAUCAUUGCCCAAGGUGGUAAACCAUAUUAUAUUCCUGCGGGGGCUUCUGAUCACCCGCUAGGAGGACUUGGUUUCGCACGUUGGGCUUUUGAAGUAGAACAACAGGAGAAGGAGAUGGGCAUCUUCUUUGACACUGUCAUUGUCUGUGCCGUCACCGGAUCAACAAUGGCGGGAAUGGUGGCAGGCUUCAAACUGGCCCAAAAGCGUAAUGGCUCCAAACCUCGCAAAGUGAUUGGAAUUGAUGCCUCAGCGACUGUGCAGCAGACCUUUGACCAAAUCUUGCGCAUUGCCAAGGCAACCGGCGUGAAGAUUGGAUUGGGUGAGAAUGAUAUCACCGAGGACGAUAUCAUACUUGAUGAUAGAUACCACGCCGGUGUCUACGGUAUUCCCGAUCAGCAGACAAUCGAUGCUAUAAAGUUCGGUGCAUCAACCGAAGCUUUUAUUACCGAUCCCGUCUAUGAGGGCAAAAGUCUCGCAGGUAUGAUUGAUAUGGUUCGAAAGGGAGAAAUUCCUGUUAGCACCAAUAUUCUCUACGCACACCUUGGAGGACAGCUGGCACUUAAUGCAUAUACUGGGAUGUAG